AUGACAUAUAUGAAGGCAUCUAAUAUUAAAUCUUCUCUAUCGCGUUGCAGAUUUAACUCUAACUGUGAACAAAUUCAAGCGUUUGCACUGGCAGAUAUUGAAGCUAAACUUCAAAAUAAUGGUAGUAGUCUUCGAAAAUUCAGUGAGAUGCCAUUUCCAGAUGAAUUAGUCGUGUUUGAAGGUCAAAAUAAGCUAAUAGCGGAUGAGCUUUCAUAUGACAUACCCUCCUUAAUUCAAGAAUAUGACAAACUAUUUCCCUGUCUAACCGAAGAACAACUAAUGGUUUUCAACGAAAUAAUGAACUCUGUUAAUGGCCAAUCAGGAGGUGUGUUUUUUGUAUACGGAUAUGGAGGGACGGGUAAGACAUACAUUUGGAGGACAUUGUGUGCUGCAAUUAGGAAGAUGGGUGAAAUUGUUUUGCCAGUAGCAUCAAGUGGAAUUGCGUCCCUACUUCUUCCAAAAGGUCGAACCGCCCAUUCAAGGUUCGGGCUUCCACUCAAUGUUUGUGAAAACUCUAUGUGUUAGCUAUUAGGCCUGUCAGACUUAGCUGCAUUGCUCAUGAGAACAAAGCUAAUUAUCUGGGAUGAAGCACCAAUGAUGCACAAAUAUUGCUUUGAAGCACUUGAUAGGAGUUUAAAGGACAUUAUGCAAGCUGUUGAUCGAGAUAAUUUGCAUCGACCAUUUGGAGGUAAAGUUGUUGUCUUUGGUGAUUUAAGACAAAUUCUGCCUGUUAUACCCAAGGGUACCAGGCAAGAUAUAGUAUUUGCGACCUUGAACUCUUCGUUUCUAUGGGAUUCAUGUAAGGUUUUGAAGCUGACACGCAAUAUGAGACUUCAAUCAUGUUCUUCUUCGUCUACCGCUAAUGAAAUAAGGGACUUCUCAGAAUGGAUACUAAGCGUUGGCGAUGGCAGAGCUGGAGGGCCCAAUGAUGGAGAAGUCGAUAUUGAAAUCACUGAAGAUAUUCUUAUAGACGGUGGAGAUGACCCCAUAUCAUCGAUUGUCGACAGCACAUACCCUUCACUCACUGAUCACCUUUGGGAAGCCAAAUACUUCCAAGAAAGAGCAAUUUUAGCUCCAACUAAUGAAAUAGUUGAGAAGGUAAAUGAUCAUGUGUUGUCCACAAUUCCAGGUGAUGAGAAAAUUUACUUGAGUUGUGAUGCAAUUUGUAAAGAUGAAGGGAACUUAGGGGCUCAUGAUAUAUAUUCUACUGAAUUCUUAAACACAAUAAAGUGCUCAGGCCUGCCAAAUCAUAGUAUUAAGUUAAAAGUUGGUGCUCCUAUCAUGUUGCUUCGUAAUAUUGAUCAGACAUCUGGAUUGUGUAAUGGCACGAGGCUGGUAGUCAAGCAUUUAGGCAAUCGAGUGAUUGAAGCUACUGUCAUUUCAGGGAGCAAUGUUGGUGACAAGGUAUUCAUCCCACGAAUGACACUAACACCGUCUGACUCAACAAAAUUUCCUAUCAGAUUCCAAAGACGACAAUUUCCUUUGACUGUGUGUUUUGCCAUGACAAUAAAUAAAAGUCAAGGACAAUCAUUGUCGCACGUCGGUUUGUAUUUACCGAGGCCUGUUUUCAGCCAUGGUCAGCUAUAUGUCGCUAUUUCCCGAGUCACGAGCAAAAAAGGACUUAAAAUUCUGAUUUGUGAUAAAGAGAAUAAUGUGUGCAAAACAACUACAAAUGUUGUUUACAAGGAAGUGUUCCAAAAUGUAUAA